AUGUGUAUGUGAAACGCGUCAGGGGAGGACAUUGGAGGCCAGAGGAAGCAGCAAUAGGGUCGGGUCUGGGCUGCCGGGACCCAGUCCGACCCUGCCCAAGGGCACAGAGAUGUGUUAGCCACGACUGCCAGAUGUUGCCAGAACAUUCUAAACUUUCAUUUGGUUGCUAAAGCUUUGCCGGAAUUGGCACAAUGGCUAAACCCCCAGGACAAGGAGUUCCCUGUUUCCUGCCCCUCGUUAAUCAGUUUAACCAAAUGCUUUCUAUGUCCUGAACUCGUUACUCACAACUUACACUCUGAUGGGAAUAAGAACACGGCAUCCUUACUCCUACUGGUAAAGGCAGGGUCAGUCCGGGGGGUGCAGGGCCCACCAAGGUGCCUCCUCCGACUGUGUCCCCCGCAGGGGCCCCUGCCGCGCAGCCCUAAAUCCCCCCACAGGGGACCCUGUCCAACGUCCUCCCCUGAACACGUAUGUGAAAUGCGUCAGGGGAGGACAUCGGGGGCUAGAAGAAGCGGCAGUAGGGUCGGGUCUGGGCCUCCAGGGCUAUUAGGGCUAAUACUCCAGGGGUAUUUUCCCGGUGUCCCAGUCUGACCCUGGGUAAAGCUAUUGGCACAGGAUGAGAAUCAGUCUAUAAGAGAGAGCGUGCCAGUUAUAGAGAGACUGAGCUGUACCCAUUAUGUGUCUUUAAUACACUACAAUAUUUAUUUUGUAAUUUUACAAUAUUUCAAUAUAUUUUAUAUUAUAUAUUGUGAGUUGAAACGACUCGGGCGGUAUAUGGCACCAAACACAGAGCAAACAGGAGAGUUGGGUUAAUGGUGCAGUUGGUACCAAUAAACUGGGGAGAUGAUGUUGGUUCCUGUGACAUUUCCCUAAAGCUGAGGGAUUGAGUUCAGUUGUCCCCAAGGGACAUGGGUCCAAAAUAAAUUACAAAACAGAACUAUCUGUUUUUUUGCUCUUCCACAUUUGCUUUGCCCCUCUUUUUUUUCCCAUGUCUCCCAUUUCCUUCUGCUCCUCCAUUUUCCCUUUCUCUCUCUGCCUCUCUCUAUGGCCUUCUGCUCUCCCUAUUGACUUUCCUUGCUUUUUCUCAACACCCACCUAGACCACAGUCUUAUUUUUUCCCACAGUUUAUCAUAGUAGCACUGCAGCUGUGCAUCUCAAAAAGACAUGGUGGCAAAUACACACAAAGUGAUGGAAUCUUCUAUGGCAAUACUGUCCAACUGGCGGCCCAGAGCCCCCUAUUGUCUGGCCCCCAUCUGCCUGGCUGCUGUACCUGCUUACCUUUGUAACUGGCCCCCUGCAUUGUUCCCACCCUAGAUUUAAGUUUUGCCGUAGAAGCUCCAGCGACGGACGCUCGGCAGCCAUGAACGCUACAUCCCAGUCCAACAACACGACUCUAGGGUCCGGCGCUGGCAACAAAACCGCCGAAACUGUUCGAAUGGCCUUUCUAUGCCUGAUAGUAGUCUGCUUUUUGCUCUUCCUCUGCUUAGUAACGGUCAUACUCUACGUCUUCUUCACCAACGCCCAAGUACGGGAGUCGGCCCGGCACGUGCUCUUCACCCACAUGUUGGUCAAUGACUCUCUGUAUCUGGCGGCCGGACUGUGCCUACUGGUGGCGUCUCUGUAUGUCGUAUCCAUGCCGGUGCCGCUGUGCUACAUCGUCAUUACCGUGGUGACAAGUACAUUUUGGGUCACGCCAUACAAUCUGGCCGUCAUGUCUCUGGAACGCUACGUAGCCAUUUGCCACCCACUCAGACACGCGGAGAUUUGCUCUGGGCACAGAUCCGGCGCGGCCCUGGGGGCCAUUUGGGCUUUGGGACUGACGCCGAACAUUGCCGAUAUAAUUGCCCUGAGUCGCUCAGCGGAUAAAGCAUUUUACUCGCUACAUGUGAUAUGUACAAAGGAGAUACUGAUACUGAAUAUCACUCAGAAAUCCAUCCGAUCCUACAGUUUGAUCAUCAGCUUAUCCCUGGUGGCCUCCGCCAUUAUAUACACUUACAUUAAGGUCAUGUUGGUGGCCCGUAAGGUCGGCUCGGGAAGAUCCUCUGCCAUCAAGGCUGGUAAAACCGUUCUCCUCCAUGGUGUCCAGCUUCUCCUGAGCCUGAUGUCCUUAAUAUCCUUAUACACAGAGAUCAGUCUGGGAGAGUAUGUCGUCCUCUUGGCCAUUAGCAACUUUCUCUUCUUCACUUGCCUCCCGAGGUUCCUCAGUCCCUUAAUCUACGGCCUGAGGGACGAGGUGCUCAGCAGAUAUCUGAAGAGGUUGUACCCUAAAGCCCCUUUAUCCAAUGUCAAAAAGACCUGCCCAUCAGAAAUGUACUCGUAGUUUAAAUGAGAUUAAGCUCGCACUCGAUUGGGUAAAAUUGGAGCCACCGAUACAGUGCACAACGAGGCCCCCCAAUAAUAGUAGGGCCUAUGUUAAACUAGGAGCCCCCCCACAGUUAGUUUGUGUUGCCUUCUCCACCUAAUAGUCGACAUACUGAUGUCCCUUCAUGUUUCAAGCAGAAGUCCAUUGUUACUAAUUAGGACCAGUAGCAUAAUAAUGAUAAUUAUUUUUAAUUAUAUAUUUGUAUUAUAUAUAUGCUGUACUGUGUAUUGUUACAUACUCUGCUCAGGUAUUUAUUCAUUUAUCCCUAACGCGUCGGAGAACCUCUGGCUCCCAACACAAUCGAGCACCGCCCAUUGCUCUACUGCACCCUUGUUUCUAUGUUCCGGGGCUCAUUCUGAGUCAAAGCUGUGCUCCAAUGAACAGCAGGCAGCUAUUGGACGUUCCCAGUAUCAGACUUAGCCUAUGGGGAGGACCGUAGCUCCUGAUGAGGAUCCGAAUCCUGCUGAAAAAGGCUGAGUCUUGGCCGAUUCCGGAACCGAAUCCUGGAUUUGGGCAUGCAUAUUGAGGCAAAGAUAGGCCUUGUAAGUAGGGGUGCACCAAAUCUACUAUUUUUAGGAUCUGGCCGAACCCCAAAUCGUUUGCAAAAGAUUUGGCCGAACACCAAACCCAAAUAAGCAUAUUCAAAUUAGCAUAAGGAGGUAUUAAAGAUAACCACACGUUUUGCGCGCCGUAAAAAAAUUUCAAUUUCUGUGUUUAUAUGACAAAAAGUCAUAAGACCUUAAGGAAUUGGAUUCUGUUUGGCCAGAGGCAUAAAUUCAGCCAAGUCCCAAAAAAAACUAAAUCUUGGCCAAAUCCCAAACCGAAUCCUGGAUUUGGUGCAACCCUACUCUAUUGAGCUUUGGGCUCAGCCAUCUGUCAUUGGUUACUUGUCAGCCAUAGGAUCCAGGUAUAGGUUGGACCUUUGCAUUUAGUUGACUCCACCUUUAACUGGAGGGAAACGCAUUGGAAUAACAAUUUCUUGGACUAUUUCUGCAAUAACGUUCCUGGUACCUUCUGAGGGCUCCGUUUCUUCUCCAGUUCUGGGCUCGACCUAAAUACGUGUCUUAUUUACUUAGCACUACU